GGGGCUGCCGAGGGCGGAGGAAGAUGGCGGCGGGGGCUAGGUGAGGUGUUGGCAGUGGCGAGGGGCUCGGGCGCGGGGGGUGGGGGGACGCGGAGCGAUGGCCCGCGCCGGCCGCUGGGGCGGAUAAGACCCUGUCGCGCCGCGGGUGUGGGCCGGAGGGAGGUGACCGUGCCCGAGCGCCACAGGAGUAUGACGGGGCUGUACGAGCUGGUGUGGCGGGUGCUGCACGCGCUGCUCUGCCUGCACCUCACGCUCACCUCCUGGCUCCGCGUUCGCUUCGGCACCUGGAACUGGAUCUGGCGGCGCUGCUGUCGCGCCGCCUCCGCCGCGGUCCUAGCGCCGCUCGUCUUCACGCUCCGCAAGCCCCGGGCCGGCGGCAGGAACCGGCGUCAUCACCGGCACCCGCACGGGGGACCGGGACCGGGACCGGGACCGGCCGCCACCCAUCCUCGGCUGCGCUGGCGCGCGGACGUCCGGUCCCUGCAGAAGCUGCCGGUGCACAUGGGCCUGGUGGUCACGGAGGAAGUGCAGGAGCCCAGCUUCUCCGACAUCGCCAGCCUCGUGGUGUGGUGUAUGGCCGUGGGGAUCUCCUACAUUAGCGUCUACGACCACCAAGGUAUUUUCAAGAGAAAUAAUUCCAGAUUGAUGGAUGAAAUUUUAAAACAGCAACAGGAACUUUUGGGUCAAGAUUGUUCCAAAUACUCAGCAGAGUUUGCAAAUAGUAAUGACAAAGACGAUCAAGUUUUAAAUUGCCCUUCGGCAGUGAAGGUGCUGUCCCCAGAAGAUGGAAAAGCGGAUAUUGUGAGAGCUGCCCAGGAUUUUUGCCAGUUAGUAGCCCAGCAGCAGAGGAAGCCCACAGAUCUGGAUGUAGAUCUGCUAGACAGCUUACUUAGUUCACAUGGUUUCCCUGAUCCUGACUUAGUGUUGAAGUUUGGUCCUGUGGAUAGCACAUUAGGCUUUCUUCCCUGGCAAAUCAGAUUGACUGAGAUCGUCUCUCUGCCUUCUCACCUGAACAUCAGCUAUGAGGACUUCUUCUCCGCCCUUCGGCAGUAUGCAGCUUGUGAACAGCGACUGGGAAAGUAAUGGUCCCUGCUUGCAUAAUUUGACUUCAGGCUUUUGGAGAAAAAGGACCCAAGUGACACUGAUGUUUACAAAGUACCUAUAAAACCCUGUACACACCUAGUUCAUAUUCCUCAUAAUUUAUCAACAAACACAAAAAAGUGUCUUACUUGAGAGCGAAUGAGUGUGUGUCUGUGUGUGUGUGUGUGUGUGUGUAUGGAAAUAAAUUUAUAAAUGGGGGCACAUUGGAGAAUGGAGUAUAUAAACUGGAGUUCAAGCAAGUAACAGCAGUGUGUGUCUUAGGAACUGAGAUUCCAGAUGGAGAGGCUUCAGUUCCUGCUGCUUCCCUGUUUGUCUGGGGAGUAGAGGAGUGAGUAGAACUGAUUUAGUUGUCUGUGGUGGGUGGGGAUAAUUUUUGUUCAGUCUUUUUUAGUGACCAAACUUUAAUUUUUAAGAAUAAUAUAUUGACUUAUUAAGGGGAAGUAUUCUCAUUUUGAGUGACAUUCAGAGGUUCACGUUUGCUUAUCUGCCGAGCAAAGGGAACGUCCUCAGAUUUCCGUCCAUUUCAUUUCUUCAUUAAACAGUGGCACUUGGGAGGAUUAGUCUGCUGUCUAUUCUGGGCUAUAGAGAUCAUUUGAUGAAAACAACUUACAAUAUUUGAUGUACAGAAUACAAAAUGUUUAAAUAUUGAAUUAGGCACUCAAAACCAACAAAGAGAAUGAACAGUCAUCUUAAAGAUGGAACCUCUUAAAGGACAAUUUUGAUUUCCUUCUUCGUGUGAAGAUGCUGGAUAGUACCCAAAUCAUUUAAAACAUGUUUCCAUUAGCUUUUUAUUUAAAAAUAAACAUUUUCGAGAAGUUACCAAGGCAGCUCUUGUCCUCAGAAGUAACCUGCUCCUCAUGAGUGGCACCUGGGAUUUUCUUCUCCCAGUAAAUCUCAGUGACGACGUCAUGGUGAUUGAGUAGGAUGGAGGCCUGUAUUACCAAAGUCUGUGAGCGUAAUUGAACUUGGUCUUCUGUGUUCCAGAGAACAGCACUGCUUCUGACAAGUGGAUUCUUGAUAAGUGGCUAAUGUUUUUUUCUCACACUGCUGAUCUUUGGAUGGAAACCAUUCUUUAUACUUGAUGGACAGUUUUCAGGAAACUUUUAUCAGCAGGUGUACAAGAGUCAUGUACAUUUAGAAUAGAGCUAGGCCUCAGAAAUCUGAAAAAAAAUAGCAAAGAAAAUGGGUUUGGAACGUAUGGUUUGGAAUUGCUUGUCAGACUCUGAAGAAGAUGUGUUUCAGCUUUGGAUUACAAACCCCAUUUAUGAUUUUUAAAUAUACUUGAAAUAAAAUGAUUAAAAUGAAUUUUGGUCCAGUCACAUUACUUUGCACUUCCUUUUUUUUUUUUCUUCUUUUUGUACAAAAUUUUAAAGACUUAAUUUAUUGCCAAAAUUCUGUGUAAAGCUACAGUGUAUCUAACAGUUGUUAGAGAACUCCCCAUUUCUGUACCCCUGUGCUGUGUAUGGUCUGUGUUCCUCUGGUUUGAUUCCCUCUGGGGGUGGGGGAGGGGCAGAGUGGUAUGUAAUUUAAGGCAAUUCAAGAUCUUUUCUAAACACGAUAGUUAUAAAUGUCCUUUUUAGACCUUCUGGGGUAUGCACAGCUUUAAUGAAUUAAAUUUACUGGAAUCAAUUGAAAUAAGAGGACUCAAGGUUUGUUAUAAUGAAGUUUGUCAAAUUACCCUUUGGAAUAGAGCCAAAAUCCUAGAGUUGAGUUUUUAUACUUCCUUCCUUCCAUACAACAAAACAAGUCCAUAGCCUAUGACCCAAGACUGUUUGUGGCCUUAGGAACAAUUGCUUAAGAAAGUCAAGCAUUUUGAAUUUAAAUGUAGGCCUUCAGGAUCUUCUCACAUGAGGUCAACUGCUAAUGCAAUCUCUACACUUCAAAAAGCACUGAUCAUUCUCCAGUUCGUGCCAAGAUCAUCCCAAGUUGGAUAUCAUCAAAACUAUCUUUGUGCUCCCAAAACUUGGUGUUCAUGUGUAUCCCUUUAAAUUGUUUCUCCUUGACACGCUCCACAAUGGCAAAGAUACCAAGUCAUACCUACUCAACAGAUGGCAUGGGACAUAUGAAGAAAUGGAGACAUUAACUUCAUUCUAAAGCCUGAUUGUAGAUUGCUCCUUAAAACUGAACAGUUAUUGUUUGAAGUUGAAAUGCUGAUUAUAAUGUGAAUAGCAAAAUCUGGUAUGUUGUGACUAAGGCUUAAGAGUGCCUGUUUCUGACAAUAAAAUGUUCCAAUAUUAAUGAACAGUGCCAAAUACACUGUGCAUAUCUAUAAUUUUCCAUUUGAAUGUAUGUUAAUUACUCCCUUCUAUGUGAUGGUCCCAUGCUUAGAGUCAGUGAAGUCCUUGUGAUGUCAUGCUUGUAGAUUUUGGCAACUUGUAAAUAAUGUGUAUAGCAAGUUUUUAUGAUUAAGGAAUCAAAUUUAUUGAAUUUUAUUAUUGAAAGUUGAAAUAAGAUGUAUGAACAAGAAAAAUCAAUAAAAGAAUAUACUCUUUUCAUGGACUGUAGUGGUAUGUGAAUGUUACAUUUAGUUUGAACAGUUCUGAAGUAUAAGUAGAAAUGUAUGACCAGAUAGCAAUUCUGCUUUUAGAUAGUAUGCUCUUGAUUGGAACAAAUUUUCAUUUUUUUUUAUCUGCUAAACAUUUGCAAUCUUACGUUUGUAUUUUAUUUAAUACCAGAGUGAGGUUUAGCUUUGUCUUUCUGGGAUUCUCAGGUUCCACAGUAAUUACAAGCUGACUUUUCACUGAACACAGGGCUGUUAACUUAAAAACAAAUGUGUAGGUGGCUGGAGAGAUGGCUUAGUGGUUAAGCGCGUGGUCCUGAGUUCAGUUCCCAGCAACCACAUGGUGGCUCACAGCCAUCUGUAAUGGGAUCUGGUGCCCUCUUCUGGUGUGCCUGAAGACAGCUACAAGCAUACCCAUAUAAAUAAAAUAAAUACAUCUUUACAAAAAAACCCCACCAUUCUCAAAAAGAAAAAAAAAAGCAUGUAGCUUUUUAAGAACUACUUUAAUUGAAAGAUAAGAACUUUGCUAUCUUAUGCAGUGUAGUGUUCCCUUUUUGAAGACCUCAUUGUAAGACAGCUUUAUGUGCAUAGUGCUCAUCUGUAGCUAGGGCACACCAAAGAUCAUAUUUUAACUCUUUAUAGGAAAUACCUUUACCACAAAUGUCUGUAGGUGACUUUCUUGUGCAGUAUUGUGACUCCCAAGAGUGACUGCAGGAUGGCUUGAACGAAAACCCAGGGCCACUGAUAGCAGUGCCCAAGAUUAUCUGUAAAGUAAUAAAAUCUGCAGAGGAGAAUGUGAAAAGAAUUUGUUCAAGGCUUAACAUUUUUGAUACAGACUAAUAAAAAUUUAAGAAAGGAUUCUGGAAACAGGAAGAGCUCUAGGGUUACAUUUUUGGUGAUCCUCUCAGAACUUUUGUAAUUUUAUUUUAAAGUGUGUAUAUAUCAGGCUUAAUAAAGAUAUUCUUUUAAGCUAUA